AAUUUGUCAGCUUUCAGUUAAACGUGUGAGAGAUAAGAAGGCAGCAAGGAGAGCUGUUGACUUGUUACUCCGCCCGAAAAUGUGGUGGGAGGGUGCUGAAAUGAAAUGUAUGAGGGCAGCUGCGGGUUGGGACGCGUCUUUGGAUAGACGAGGUGGACGACAAGACUCACCGUAACUUCAUGUUUUCUUCCCUCUCAAAAGGGGAUCCAGACACUUGUGAGGCAGUUUUUCUGACACUGUGAGUCGACUCCUGGUUUCUUGGCCAUCGGACAGCCUGCCGUCCAUCCAAUGUGCGUAAAAGGGCUUUGUUUCUUCACCGUCCUGACUGGACUUGCAGCUUCAGGCGUGCUGCAGGUCAGCGGGAUGCGUAUAUACACAUCUGGGGAUGUGGAGGCAGUGAACGGGACGGAUGUCCGUCUGAGGUGCACAUUCGAGAGUUCCGCUCCCAUCAACACCGACGCCGUCAUCAUCUCCUGGAGUUUCAGACCCCUCAAACCGGGCCGAGAGGAGUCGGUGUUCCACUUCCAGCAGAAACCAUAUCUUCCUAUAGAGGGCACUUUCAGGAAGCGCAUCAUUUGGGCUGGUGACAUCAUGGGCCGUGAUGCAUCCAUCAUAAUUCGAGAGGUUAAGUUCACCUACAAUGGCACUUACGUCUGCCAGGUCAAGAAUCCGCCGGAUGUCCACGGCGCAGUCGGAGUGAUUCGACUCCGUGUCGUCACCACAGCCUCUUUCUCCGAGCUUCUCCUUCUGGUGUUGGCCAUCGGAGGCGGUAUCGCUGCCGUGGUCAUCCUCCUCGUCAUCAUCGUGUCCUGCAGGAGGUGCAAGCGGAGGAGACAGAGGCAUGAAGGGAAUGAGGAGGCUCCCCGCAAAGAGAGAAAAGACCCCACUGCGUGCCACCCAUCGAGGGCCGUCCACCUCUACUUAUCAGAGACGUCCAUAGAGAUCGACAGUUCAGACGGCAUGAUCUCAGAAGCCAGCACCAAAGACCCCAGCUCCUCAGAGGAGGAGGGCCCGAGCUCAGACGAAGAUGACGGUGAUGACUCUGACUGAGGAGGUGGGGACAGACAGAGAGACAGAAACAUUGAUAUAAAGCCAGCUAGGAAGCCUGCUGGAGGGAUGCCCAGAUGGCACCCGUGGAUUAUGUUCCAUGGUUCUGCCGAGUGGGGACUAGAUGAAAUGAGCCCCGCUGCUGCUGUGUUGAAAAAAAGCACAUUGUUCAAGAAUGGAAGGAAAACGGGAAGAAAGUUCUGUUUGAAAGUUUUUGAAUAAGAACAAAGAGAUUAGAGCGAUACUUUUGAUGGAAUCUCUGAAACAAGAUCAAAUGUAACUUUAGUUUAGUCGAGAAAUGUUCAUAUGAGGGAAGAAAUCUGAUUGACACAGCGGGGUUUAUAAAGUGAGAGGAACUGUCAUUCUGAGGCUGGCUUGGUUGCUGUCCCGAAGGAAAAAAAGAGUCAAUUCAUGUUUAAUAAAUGCCCUUUAUUUUAGACAUGGAUCUUGUUAAGUGUAGGAGCUGCAACAAGUAACUGAUUUCGUCGAAGAUGUUGGCACGUAAGAAGUCGGAGUGAGUAAGGUGACUGCUGCCAUGAUGAGCCAUACACAUGACCUUUAAAUUUCUGAGGGUGCCUACGUUUUACAACUCAUUCUCUGGUUGAUAUUAAUGGAAUAUUAUAUGUAGAACCUGUCAUCUUUCAUGAGUUUCAUUAGGGAUACUGUAGGUCCUGCAUUUCAGCCAGUUACACACAUCAUCAUAAUACCUGCCAGUCUAAGAGCACUUGUUUGUUAAAAGCUGUUUUAUCCUCCAACUGUAGGCUGAGAAGCUUAUGUCACAUUAUAUUACUUGGACAAAAAGCAUAAAUAUUCUGUUGCUGUCAUUAAGUCCGAAGGCCAAAUACUUUAUCAGUGAGCGAGCAACUGCAUGCAUGCACUCAUGUUGAAUGAUGUGUGUGGGAGCGUACAGUCAGAUCUGAAAACCCUUUGAAUGCAAAAUGUCCUUGUGAGCCUGUUUUCUCUCCAUGCGUCUGUGAAUACAUCACGUCUACUAACAAAUGAUUGUAAUACCUGUCUUUCUUCCUUUUGUGACAGAGUGUUGUACUUGUGAUGUAAUGCCUAGCAAUGUUUGUAGAUUUUUCUAUUUUUUUUAGAUAAUGCCAGAAGUAUUAUGUUCUGUUGUUUAAAAGUGUCACUGUGUUUGUUUGUCAUAGAGCUUUUAUAAAAACGAUUUUCUAUUAAAAAAGCUUUUAAACCA